AUGGAGAAAGUAAAAGCCGAUUCGACAAGAGCUUUGGUGAAUCAUUGGCGAAUCUUUCGAUUGAUUGGAGUUCAUCCACCGUCCAAGGAUACCAUGUGGGGCAGAAAUUACACUCUGUACUCGAUAGUGUGGAAUGUGACAUUCCAUCUAUUCAUUUGGUUAUCCUUCUCGGUGAACUUUUUGCUAUCCAACUCACUGGAGACCUUCUGCGAAAGCCUUUGCGUGGCCAUGCCACAUACUCUCUACAUGCUGAAGCUGUUUAAUGUCUAUUGGACUCGAAACGAGUUGCUACAUAGUAAUCGGGUAUUUCGUUAUCUGGACAGACGGUUGGUUAGCUCCGAUGAGUUUCGGAUCGUUAACGAAGGUGUCCAGAAGGCGGAAUUUAUAUUCCGGAUCAUUUCCCAUGGCGUUGUGGUCAUUGUAGCUUUAGCCAUCUUUUAUAUUUCCGUGGCUAGUGAACCAACGUUGAUGUACCCUUCGUGGAUCCCUUGGAACUGGAAGGAUAGCUCCACCCUAUGCCUGCCCACGAUUAUCCUCCAUUCGUCCGCUAUUACGGAGACGGCCCUGACGGUCCUCAGCUUAAGCACUUAUCCGGGUACCUACCUGAUCUUGGUCAGUGCUCACACCAAGGCACUAGCCUUUCGAGUUUCCAAACUAGGCUAUGGCAGGCGACUAUCAGAGGAUCGGAUGCUGGCCAUUCUGAAUGGAUAUAUCAAAGACCAUCAGAUCAUUUUGAAACUUUUCAAAUCCCUGGAACGAUCACUCUCGAUGACCUGUUUCCUGCAAUUCGUCUGCACAGCCUCUGCCCAGUGUACCAUUUGCUACUUUUUGCUUUUCGAGCAGGUUGGGAUCAUGAGGUUCGCCAAUAUGGCCAUGCUCCUGGUAGCCUUCACCACAGAGACCAUACUGCUCUGCUAUACCGCAGAGUUGCUUUGUAAGGAGGGUGAAAGUCUGCUAACGGCAGUUUACAGUUCAAAUUGGCUAGAUCAAUCGGUCCGUUUCAGGCGGCAUCUUCUCCUGAUGCUUGUGCGCUGCAAGAAACCGUUAAUCCUGGUCUCUGGUGCCAUAGUGCCCGUUAGCAUGAAGACCUUUAUGUUGAUGAUCAAGGGUGCCUACACCAUGCUGACUCUACUAAAUGAAAUGCGCAAAUCUUCACUGGAAAACAACUAAUGGGAAAUAUGUAGCUUUUAUGCAAAGAGCACUAAAAAAACAUUAGAAAAAGUAUGAAAAAUGUAAUUUGAAUAAGAGUUUACCUUACCUAGGACAGUCUCAGUUACAUAUAUUUCCCUCAGCCAAGUUAAGUUCUAACAUCAA